GGGUCGGCGGUGCGCUGAGGCUGCGGGCGCUGCGACUCGCUCCGCUGCGGCGCUUCCUGGUCUUCUCCCACUCGGGCUGCAGCUCGCGCCUUGCCUGCCCAGCCCGACCAUGGCUUCGGCGGUGGAGGAGUUACAGAAAGAUCUGGAAGAGGUGAGAGCGCUGCUGGGAAAAGCCACUAGAAAGAGGAUACGGGACGCUCUUACCGCUGAAAAAUCCAAGAUUGAGGCAGAAAUGAAGGACAAGAUGCAGCAGAAAUCACCAAGGAAAGCAGAACCUCUUGACAACGAAAAGCCGGCUGCCGUGGUUUCCCCCAUUACCACGGGCUACACAGUGAAAAUCAGCAAUUACGGAUGGGAUCAGUCAGAUAAGUUUGUGAAGAUCUAUAUCACCUUAACUGGAGUUCAUCAGGUCCCCACAGAAAAUGUGCAGGUGCAUUUCACAGAGAGGUCAUUUGAUCUUCUGGUGAAGAAUCUAAAUGGGAAGAAUCACUCCAUGAUUGUGAACAAUCUUUUGAAACCCAUCUCUGUGGAAGGCAGUUCAAAAAAAGUCAAGACAGAUACAGUGAUUAUCUUAUGUAGAAAGAAAGCAGAAAACACACGGUGGGACUACCUGACUCAGGUGGAGAAAGAGUGCAAAGAGAAGGAAAAGCCCUCCUAUGACACUGAGACAGACCCCAGUGAGGGCCUGAUGAACGUUCUGAAGAAGAUCUAUGAAGAUGGGGAUGACGAUAUGAAGCGGACCAUCAAUAAAGCCUGGGUACAGUCACGAGAGAAGCAAGCCAAAGGAGAGACAGAAUUUUGAGACUUGAAAGGCCUUUUGGGAACUGUGAUGUGGAAAUAGUGAUGUUCCAAGAAGGACGUGGUGAGCUGCACAGAUAAAUUUAACAAUAAUUUUACAGAGCCUUCUCCUCAGUAAAGGCAAUGAAUUCUCCUCCUGGAGGAUUUAUUUAAAUACAAUAUGCUUAUUGAACACUUCUUUUAAAGAUGGUUUCCUUAGUAAACUAGUCAUUUUGUUCAAGGAAGGGUAACAUGGCCUUCUCAUGUGAAAUUUCAAGCAGCAAGUCUUGCCUAAUGAAAAUGCCAUAUUGUGUGUAUUUUUGUUCAGUUAAGAGGUAGAAAAAUGUUAUUGCUUGUUAAGUUCAUAAUAUUAGUUCUUAAAAUGUAACAAAUAAGUAAAUAAAACUUGAAUUUUUACAGAAAAUGCAAAUUCAUAUCUGUGCUUCAAGGUCACUGUAGAGACAUUGAUCUCUCUUCUGUUAACAAUGUAAAUAAUGCAUAUACCAUGCGUUAUGCCCAGACGACCCAAUCACAAAUGUGUUUUCUAGGUUUAAAUAUAUGUUUCUGAAUAAAUUGAAACUAAAUCUGAUCUGGACAAGAACAGACACACAUCUUGGUAUAGUACCAAUUAGUAAGUGUUGCCAUGGGUCAGGUAGCUUACAACAGCAAUAACCAUAAGCCAAAAACAAAUGUGAAAAUCUGUUU